GUAGAGGUUUGUAUUUACCAGGUAAGUACCUGUAUUUGAUUUCUUGCUUCUACUCUAACGUUAAUCGAGUUAUUCUCAUUCUGGGUUCUACUACCGGUACUCCCGUUUCACUUUUAUCUCAAUUUCUUUUAUUACUCUUCUCGAGAAGCACCAUUCUGUGAUCUUUAACUCCCGCUUCACUUUCUUUCUUCUCUCAGCGAGUUAUUUCCCUUUUAACCGCUUCUACUCCCGUUUCACUCUGUGAAAGAGUGAAACGGGAAAUAACUGUGAACUCCUAAGCGGGCCCCUUGGUCUCUCUCUAUGGUUUUAUAAGCGACAGACGUUUUUGACGCCGCCCAGAGCCCGUACGUGUCUGUGAUGCAACCAGCGAAGGCGCUGCCAAAGCACUGGCGGUUCCCACGGGGCCCCCAGUCCAAGUACAGGUGGGAUUCGACCACCCAACGCGUGAUCGACAUGCUCCCUCCCCCGUUGCCGACCGCACUCCUGUCAAGCUCCCCCGACGGAUGAGUGCCACCCCGUCCAAACUGCAGUCUCGGCAGCGGAAAUCAGAGGACUUUCUGUGCGGUGGCGUAGGGUGCCAAUAAUGUCGGCGUGUACUCCACACUGUCUCACUGUACUCGGCGCUACGUGAAUAAGAACCGCCGAUGAUAGACAUGACCGGAAUGAUUAUCGUUUUUUGCAUGCUACCGUUACAAAAGGAGAUGUCGUUUUUGUUGUGCUAUUGUAGCAACAUGCGACGUGUGCACAAAGCCAAACAUGCCGACCCGACGGCUCCUACUGCUGCUGCUGCUUUGGACGGAGCCGUGCGGCAGUUUGAACGCGCCCGAGACGAUGCGGUGAAAGCCAUCGACUCGUUGUCAUCGUCGGUGGCCAACGUGGCGGACGUCGCCACCUCCACCUCUUCCCCACCAGACAGAGCAGCCUUGAUCGCGCAGACUGUCGACGACUUCGUCAAGUAUCUCGUGACGAGGUUCGACGUGAGCAACCUCGAGGGGCUGACUUCCCUCGCAAAAGCAUUCGUGUUCCACCCGAGCGAAAAGUCGCCCCAAGUCGAUGCGUUUGUGGCAAAUGGACUCGACGUGGUGCUGCAUGCGAGGCGAUGUGCGGCCCAAGGUGUGCCCGGGACCCUCGUGGUGCUUCCAGCGACGGCGGACGAGGCCCUGGAAAGCCUCACGGAUGGCCAAAUCGAAUUCCUGCAGUUGAAAGUGGCGCAGGUGAAGCGAGACCGGCGUGCCGUUGCGGAGGGGAAACCAAAUGCAGUGGGGGCGGGCGGCAGUGUGCCCGUUAAGCCCAACCGUAAGAUUCCCAAGGUGACGAAGGUGCCACGACCGAGUCAAGUGCUCGCUUGACCUCCGUUAUUCGCACGAGGAAUUGACAAACUCAUGCCCCCAAUUGCUUAUAAUUGCAAUGAAAUCUCGUAGUGCAAGAA